CCCCAAAUCUGUCGACCUCCCUCCGUUCCAUUUCAAACCCCACCAGAAAAUCUCACCCCACAUCCGCAAUGCCGCCCGUGCGCCGCCGCCGCCGCACCACCCCGGCUGCCGCCGCCGACGGGUCUGCCCCCUCCUCUUCCGCCGACCUCCUCGCCCUGGCCGCCGCCCUCCUCCCCACUCCCACCGCCGCCGCAGCUCUCAAGACCCCUCCGCACCUCAAGCACACCGUCCACUCCCUCCCCGACUCCCACCCGGUCCUCCUCUCCCUCCCGCAAACCCUAGCCCAAGCCCUCUCCCCCGACCCGGACCCCGGCUCCGUCUCCCCCCGCGCCGCCGCCGCCGUCCUCCUCCACCUCCUCCUCACCCACCCCUCCCACCCGCCGCGAUGGGACGACCUUCUCCGCCCGCUCGCGCUCCUCCACGACCGCCUGGCGCUCCUCGCCACCGAGGACCCGCCCGUCGCCGCGCUCGCCGCCUCCUGCUUCGAGCUCGCCUGGCGCGCCGGGGCCCCGGGGCGCGACGCGCUCGUCGCCCAGACCCUGCCGUACCUCUUCUCCCAGGCGCUCACCUCCGGCUCCAACGCCAGGCCGCUCCUCCGCCGCCUCUUCGCCCUCCGCGAGGCGCUGCAUCUGCUCGACUACACCGAUGAGAGCAUCUCGGACUUCAAGGUGCUCCUGCUGCGCUGCUUCGUGUCCCCCCACUUCCUCAAGGCCGAGGAAGGGAGGAAGCUCCUCGCGCUGGUGCUCGGGGUCAGCGAGGGGCUCGCCAGGGAGGGGCUGGAGUUCAUAAGGGCCCAGGUGGGGAUGAUGCGAGGGAGGCGGGCGGCCGUGGUCGCCUACGGCGAGGUGGUGUUCAGAGCGUGGAAGGACGGAGGGUGGGUCAGAGGGGAGAUUGGGGAAGGGUUUCUGCAGGGGAUGGUCGAGGCAGCAGUCCAUGCCGCUGACAAGGAGGUGGCUAAGGCUGCCAGGAGGAUAAUUUGGGCCUUCGUCGAGCAGAAGGCAGUGGCUGGAGUUGAAAAGCUGGUGUUCAGGCUUUCCGAGCCUGUGCUGUUCCGGUCAUUGCAGGUUGCAAACUCUAAUGUUCGCCGUAAUGCUUUACAUCUUCUACUGGAUUUAUUUCCCCUUGAAGACCCAGAUGUGACAAAGGAUGUCAAUGAUCCUCUGUUAGAGAAGCAGUUCUUCCUUCUAGACAAACUUCUCAUGGAUGACUGCCCAGAAAUACGGGCAGUCACAGUUGAAGGAAUUUGCCGUAUUCUUAACCAGUUUUGGGAAGUUAUUCCAUCGCCAACCAUUUCAAAAAAAUUGAGUAAAAUUGUUGAUGACAUGUCCAAAGAUUCUUGCAACGAAGUUCGUCUAUCAACAGUGAAUGGUCUGAUAUACUUGCUUGACAAUCCACAAAGUCAUGACAUACUGAAAGUGCUACUUCCAAGAUUAAGCGAUAUGGUUUCUGAUCCUGCUUUAUCUGUCAGAGCUGCUGCUGUAGAUCUCCUGUUAGCUAUUCGUGAUCUUCGAUCUUUCCAGUACAAUAAGGUUGUUGGUUUGGGUACUCUAUUAUCUUCACUUGCAGAUGAUCAUCCCCGUGUUGCUAAAAAAAUCACAGAGCUUCUCAUUCCUUCUUACUUUCCAUCUAAGUUGCCUUUGAAAGAAGCAUGUGCUCGCUGCAUUGCACUGAUAAAGAGAUCGCCGGCAGCUGGGGCAAGGUUUUGUGAAUUUGCUCUGUCUGAAGGAUCAUCCCCGCGGUCUCUUGUUGAGUUUAUCAAAGUCUCUAUUACUCUGGCAUUGUCACCAUCAGGAUUGAACUUAGCGCAGACUGAUGGUCUUGUUAUUGCUUCCGCCAAACUAAUAAAAAGCUUAUCUGAUGAAGGCUCUAGUUUGGUUGCUUUGAGAGAGUACUUUGCAAAUGCUAAACUGAAGCUGCUCUUUAAAACUGCAGUUUCUGAUGGUGCCCAGGCUGCUCUUCUCAGCAUGGUGCCAGCGAUAUCACCUGACGAUCUAUGUGUGUUACACAUCGAAUGCAUGAACAUAAUUGUGAAUGCUGCUGUGACUUCCAAGCAGGAAGAAUGUCAAGAAGCAUUGCUGGCAGCGCAUAAGUUGGUACAUUUGAGUGGCCGGUCUGAUGAAAUGUUUGAAGAAUUGACUAAUAUUUUGCAAUCUAAAGCCUCUUAUUUUUCUGGGAUGUAUGGACUUGAACCUCCAUCGUGCCCUGUGGCAUCUACAAAGAGGAAGAAAGGGAAGUUGCUUAAGAAAACGCCAGCAAGAUCUGACGAUGUGGAUGGAAAUAGGUCAUCCACAUCAGGAAUCCUGAGUAAUGAAGAACUUACUGCUGUAGGGGGAGCAGCAUGGCAGCUCAAUGAAAUACUAAAAGCAGAGGAAAUGAGAGCUGCUUUUCUGCAAUCUUAUGCAGAAAUUGCAUUUUCUUCUCUGAAGGUCAUUUCUCAAGUGUACAUUGAGCAAUGCCUACAUUUUGAAUCUCUAGACCUCUCUCCAGUGUUUGCUUAUUUGAGUUUGGCUACAUAUAGUGCUCUUCAGGAUGUUGAUCAAACAGACAUGAGCUGCUCUGAGUCGACAAUUGUCAACCAGUCAUUGGACCAUCUGCUGAGAUGCUAUGACAGAUUUGUAAAUGGAUCUGUUACUGUUUCCACUGACUCAACGUCAACAUUGAACAAGAAUAAGAAAUCUGCAGAACAUGAACAUCAGCAGCAUGUCACCCCUGAAGCAUCUUGUGCAGGAAGUCCAGCAGAAGGCACAAUAAAUGUGAUUAUGCUUGGCACUUCAAUUCUCAAGUUCAUUGUUGAUUCGACAACCAUCAAGCUGGUCAAUGAGAGUAAAGUAAGAUGUGUGGGAUUUGCAUCAUCUUACACAAAAUAUGCAGUGUCAGCCAUGAAAAGGCACAGUGAGGGCUCAUCUUUUAAUGGGGACGAUCUGAAAGACAUACUGAUCCUUACACGAAGCUCCUUCACUUACGCAGCCAAGCUGCUUCAUUUGGUGCUAGCAAGCUCAAGCGAGUCGUCGAGUCCCCCAGAGGAGGCCUUCCUCCUCGCAAAUAAUCUUCUUGAUCUUGUACCUGCUGUCGAAUCAUUUGCAGGCCCGAGAUUUGCUCUCACAUUAGUUUCAGUUGUAAAACAGUGGCUGCCAGUCCUGAUAUUGGGCCUUGGAUGCCGCUGGUUGAUUGGGCUAGAAAGUGAGAUGGCUAACAAGACGUGCAACUUAGGUGACCCUGACUUACCACUGUGGGUUGCUGCUCUGGCCAAAAACGAGCUGCUUGAGGCUGAGGAACCUAGGGAGGAUGAUCAGAGCGAGCAUGAGCAGGAUGUGUCACCGUCAUCCAGAAAGCUAGCAGAAAUGAUGGUGACCCUGCUGAGGAAAGGAAGCCCUAAAAUCCUGGAUUCUGUGGGUGGCAUUUUGCUUUCCAACCUCCAGUUGGCGCUGCAGAGAGCGGAGCAUGGCAUCGUCUUAGGCUUGGCACGCUUUGCUUGUGACAAGCUGCUUGGGAGCAGCAGCAGCAGCAGCAGCUCGUCAGCCUCUAAGAACCUGCAGCUCACUCAUGAUUCUCUGCGCGAGAGCUUCUUUGAGAUUGACAGGCAUUGCAAGGAGGAUGGCAGAGUUGACGAUGAAUGUUCGAGGCAGCAGCUGGAGAGUGCAAAAGUAUUGAUAUCGUCAGUACUCCCCUAUGAUGCAUGCAGUCAGACGAGCUGACUGAUGCCAUGGGAAGUUUGUUGAUCUGGUUUCUUGAUUCGGUUUCUGUGUACAUAUAUGGCAGUUUGUUUCUUGAUUUGAGACCCAGCUAUCCUUUUCACUUCGCUGCAGUUUGGGAAAGCGAAUGUGCAGUGCGCUGUACGCAAAGUAUUUCGCAGCAGUACCCUAGCUCCUUGUGUGUUUAACACUCCAUAUUACCUUCAUCUUUGAAAAGUGCUAUGACAAUGGGAUUAUCAGGGAUCAAAACACGAAGGAGCCUGGCGGGCCAAGACAAGCUAUAAAUAAGCCUCAAGACCAAAGGAAAAGGGGCAGCUUCUACUUCAAGUGCCAAUACAACGGAAUCGAAGUCCUAGUUUUAGCCUAGAUUAGAUUCGAUCUAAGACAUUCCAUCGAGAUCAACCACCUUGAAACUCAGCGACUCCACAUUGAAGUCCUCUGUGUCCAUCUGAUAACUUGAAACUCAGCGACUCCACAUUGAAGUCCUCUGUGUCCAUCUGAUAACUUGAAGUUACGUCCCACUGUCAUACAAAUCGACGCAAGUUAUUGUACAGUUGUUCGGAUACUUUGCGGAACACCAUCGACGAAAGGGGACCUUGCUUUCAUGCUUGUAUGUUGACAACAUGGUCGUCUUUGUGGCACCGAUUAAGCAAUAUAUUGGUAACCUUGCAGCUUUAUUGAGAAA